AGCAGGCAGCUGUCUCAGGGGUCUAUGGCUUCUCCAGAAUUGAGGAGAUGGGUCUCCCCAGCAGUGCUGCUGACACUGUCACUCCUGUCACAGCCUUUCUUCAGGCUCCUCAACCUGCGCAAGCUGGGCCUGAGCGACAAUGAGAUCCAGAGGCUUCCCCCCGAGGUGGCCAACUUCAUGCAGCUGGUGGAGCUGGACAUCUCCCGCAAUGACAUUCCAGAAAUUCCUGAAAGCAUCAAAUUCUGCAAAUCCCUGGAAAUCGCAGACUUCAGUGGGAAUCCUCUCUCCAGGCUCCCUGAGGGCUUCACCCAGCUCCGAAGCCUGGGCCACUUGGCCUUGAACGAUGUGUCCCUGCAGAGCCUCCCCACUGACAUUGGGAAUUUGGCAAACCUGGUGACUUUGGAGCUACGUGAGAACCUGCUAAAGACUCUCCCCACUUCACUCUCCUUCCUUGUCAAAUUAGAGCAGUUGGAUCUCGGUGGCAAUGACCUGGAAGUACUGCCGGACACUCUGGGCGCGCUCCCAAACCUGCGCGAGCUCUGGCUGGACCGGAACCAGCUCUCGGCCCUGCCACCGGAGCUGGGCAACCUCCGCCGCCUGGUCUGUCUGGAUGUGUCUGAGAACAAGCUGGAGCAGUUGCCCAACGAGGUCAGUGGGCUGGUGGCACUGACGGACUUGCUGCUGUCACAGAACCUGCUGGAAUGCAUUCCAGAUGGGAUUGGUCAGCUGAAGCAGCUCUCCAUCCUCAAGGUGGACCAGAACCGGCUGACAGACAUGACAGAAUCGAUUGGGGACUGUGAAAACCUGUCAGAGCUCAUCCUGACUGAGAACAUGCUGACGGCCUUGCCCAAGUCCCUGGGCAAGCUGGCCAAGCUGACGAACCUGAACGUGGACCGGAACCGGCUGACGGCGCUGCCAGCAGAGAUUGGGGGCUGUGCCAACCUCAGUGUCCUGUCUCUGCGGGACAACCGCCUGGCCCUGCUGCCCCCUGAGCUGGCCAACACCACGGAGCUCCACGUCCUGGAUGUGGCUGGGAACAGGCUGCAGAACUUGCCCUUUGCUUUGACAAAUCUUAAUCUGAAAGCCCUGUGGCUGGCAGAAAACCAGUCCCAGCCUAUGCUGAAAUUCCAGACCGAGGAUGAUGAAAAGACAGGAGAAAAGGUUCUUACUUGCUACCUGCUGCCCCAGCAGCCCUCUCCCAGCCUGGAGAACCUCCUGCAGAACAGCGUGGAUGAGAGCUGGACAGACACCAACUUGAACAGAGUCAGCGUGAUCCAGUUCCUGGAUGAGCCCAAAGGAGAUGAUGAUGAGGAGUCUGGAGCUGAAAGACGAGGCCUGCAGCGCCGAGCCACCCCUCACCCCAGCGAGCUGAAGGUGAUGAAGAAGGUGAUUGAAGUCCGGCGCAAUGAGGUGAACGCUGCGAAGGCUGAUGCCAACCCCAAAUCUCCCAACUCAGAAGAGAAGAGGCUGAGUGCCACUUCAAAUCGCAGCGAGGACUCUCACCUGUCCACCAGCACCGCCUCUGUGGACUGCAGGGCAGAGGAGAGGGAGCGGGGCUGGCCCAACGGGCAGCUGCCUGACCUGCGGGAGCUGGAGAAGGAGGUGAAGCCCAGAGCGGAAGAGGAGCGCAAGGAAGCUGCUGACCAGGAGGAGGAAGAUGUGGAAGUGGAAUACAAUGAGCCUUCUGUACACUUCGCGGAGGACACGCUGAUCCGGAGUGAGGAUGAGGAUGAGGAUGAAGAGCGACCGUUCCCAGUAGAGAAGCAGAGGCUUAUCCGCAAGGACACUCCCCAUUAUAAGAAACACUUCAAGAUCACUAAACUGCCCAAGCCAGAGGCAGUGGUGGCACUUCUGCAGGGGCUGAACAGUGAUGGGGUCCCCAAAGAGGAAGAGGAGUUGGGAGGCUGCAAUAAUAACACAGAGCCCAGGGAUCAGGAGGAAGCUUGGGAUGAGGAUGACAGAAAGAAUGGAGCUUUGUCUGCUCAGCCAUCCGUGAAGGGGGUGUCGUUUGAUCAAGCCAAUAAUCUGCUGAUUGAACCUGCUCGCAUUGAGGAGGAAGAGCUGACGUUGACCAUCGUGCGGCAGACGGGGGGGCUGGGCAUCAGCAUCGCGGGGGGCAAGGGCUCCACUCCCUAUAAGGGGGAUGAUGAGGGCAUCUUUAUUUCCCGUGUGUCUGAGGAGGGUCCUGCGGCUCGCGCAGGGGUCCGCGUUGGUGACAAGCUUCUGGAGGUGAACGGAGUGUCCCUGCACUGUGCCGAGCACCACGUGGCCGUGGAGGCGCUGCGGGGCUCGGGGAGCUCGGUGUCCAUGACGGUGCUGAGGGAGCGGAUGGUGGAGCCGGAGAACGCCAUCACCGUCACCCCGCUGCGGCCCGAGGACGACUACAGCCCCCGGGAGCGGCGUGGGGGGCUGCGCUUCCCCGAGUGCCCCGAGGGAGCAGCGGCCACCGAGAGAUUUUCCACCUGCCUCAUGCGCAACGAGAAGGGCCUCGGCUUCAGCAUCGCUGGUGGCAAGGGCUCCACUCCUUACCGGGCUGGGGACACGGGGAUCUUCAUCUCCCGGAUCGCAGAGGGUGGCGCAGCCCACCGGGAUGGGAUCCUGCGCGUGGGAGACCGGGUCAUCUCGGUGAGUGUGUGGGCAAGGAAGGGGCUGACUCGGCUUCAGGCCCUUCCUCGUGUAGGGGCUGCUUCUCUAUUACUGGAGCUGGAUUUUGGGGGUCCUUUUUUCAGCUCCUGAGCCUCCUGGGAGAGCAUUUAAUUUGGGUGCCUCUUCCCUGUCUGGUGGUGGGUGCAGUUACACCUACCCUUUCCCCAGCUGCUUUAUGCAGGUGCUUUCCCCAGGAGAGGCAUGGAGGGAGGGGACACAGCAGCGCUGCCCCAGCCUGGUGUCCCCCUGGAGCCUGGGCAGCAGCUGGG